AUGUCGAGACACCGCGUCAAGGCAGUCGGCUAUGACGAUGACGACUUUGAGGAUGAUGACGGAUAUGUUUCACCUGAUCCUGAGGAGCAGGAGUUCUUACAGCAGUGCACAGCUUCUGUGCAAGCGGAACUUCGUGCGGGGCAACCUGCGGUGACGGCUACGACCCAGGAAAUCCAUGAUGCACUUUGGCAUUAUUAUAAUGAUAUUGAGAAAUCAGUCAAUUACUUGAGAGGCAAGAAGGAAAAGGAGCUGAAGAAGACGCAAGCUCCAGCUGCGCAGAAGAACAAGGGUCAGAUGGGUCUGCUAGUGCCAGGAUUCCCCGCGCCGAUACCCGAUGACUCGAAUAUCUCGGUCACUGAAUUCUUUCGCGACUGCCCUUGGUUGAAUGUCCCUGCACACCGCAAGGCUGAUAUCCUGAUUCAACCACUUUAUCCACGGCUUGGACUCUUGGGCGGUGCACCAGAAGCGGGUGGUAAAAUGUCAAAGCUUGCUGCUCUAGCAGCAGCAAGGAAGAAGAAAGAGAGCGAAAAGUCGACGGGGAUACCAGAAACUCCAUCCACACCCAGGCCUUCAGAGCGUGCAGAAGGUCAGACGCCCAAGCCGAGUGACACGCCUUUGUCUCUCAGUGAGAGACUGGCGGCUAGCAAGCUGUCCAAGACUUCGGAAUCAAGUGGUGGGCUCCGGCGGCUUGGCAAAGCCUGUACGUCUACAUCUUCGCCAGCAAGACGGCCAUCCGCACCGGUGCCCAGCAAGUCUCCCGUGCAUGCUGAGCCUGAACGAGAUUCUGAGCCAGCGGAGCAGAAAGCAGCGGAAGCUGCGCCUGAACCUGAACAGGUAGUGCCCAGCAUUCGGGCCCCUCCAUCUACUUUUGCCAGUGUCAUUCUUGGUAGCACUGCCGGACCAACAGUUGCUGAGCCCAGCCAUGUCAAAUCAACCAAUGUGGACAUUCUUGAAAUCUACGGCCAACAACAUGCUGAACCUUUUGACUUCACAGGUCCCAGCCCAGACGAUGUGGUGAUGAAUGCACAGAGCACAGCAAAAGGUUUCAAAGCCAAGCCUAGCACUUCUAAGACAGCGGGCGGCCAAAAAGGGCAGGCUGACAUCGCCGGCGGUAUGAAGGACCUUUCCGUUGAAGAAAAGGUCACGGUCAAGAGCAAGAAUCUCGACGUCUUGGCGGAGUAUGGCAAGUCGACCCGCAAGAAGUCAGCUAACUUUGUGGUGAUCGGGCAUGUCGAUGCCGGUAAGAGUACGCUCAUGGGUCGACUUCUGGCAGACCAGGGAGCUAUCGACCGUCGUACUUUGGAUAAGUACAAGAUCGAGGCAGAGAAGAUUGGGAAGGGAUCUUUUGCUCUCGCCUGGGUUCUGGAUCAGGGCUCUGAGGAACGUGCACGAGGUGUGACAAUUGACAUCGCGACAAACAAGUUCGAGACCGAGAACACUUCGUUCACCAUUGUCGAUGCCCCAGGUCACCGGGAUUUCGUUCCCAACAUGAUCGCUGGUGCUAGUCAAGCGGACUUUGCUGUCCUAGUCAUCGAUUCGAGUGUUGGCAAGUUCGAGUCUGGCUUAAAGGGUCAAACCAAGGAGCAUGCUCUUCUGGUCCGCAGCAUGGGAGUCCAAAAGAUCAUCGUGGCUGUUAAUAAGAUGGACGCGGUACAGUGGGACAUUGAGCGAUUCCAGGAGAUCGAGCAGCAAAUCUCGGCGUUCUUGACCACUGCUGGAUUUCAGCCCAAGAACAUCUCCUUCGUGCCGUGUUCCGGAGUCCUUGGCGAUAACAUCACACGUAGGAGUGAGGAUCCCAAGUCUGCCUGGUACCAAGGUCGCACACUGAUUGAGGAGCUCGAAACCUCAGAGCGAUUUACACAUGCUCUUGACAAGCCACUCCGCAUGACCAUUGGCGAUGUCUUCCGUGGCGGUGUUCAAACCCCCCUUUCAAUCUCUGGUCGUCUUGAUUCUGGCAGUCUGCAAAUGGGUGACCAGAUCUUGAUCAUGCCCAGCGGCGAAUCUGCACUUGUUCGAAGCGUUGAAGUCGACGGUGAGCCUAGUGACUGGGCUGUUGCAGGCCAAAACGUGGUCCUGAAUUUGGCCAACAUUGACCCGAUCCAUCUGCGCUCAGGAGACGUGGUUUGUCGUGCAUCAGCGCCCAUCAAAACGACCACCACGUUCACGACCAAGGUUCUUGCCUUUGAACACUUGAUGCCCAUGCAGGUGGAUGUUCACCGGGGUCGCUUACAUGUACCUGGUCGCAUCAGUAAGUUGGUCGCCUCGCUGGAUAAGGCUUCGGGUGCGACACUCAAGAAGCGGCCUAAGGUUGUGGCGCCCGGGACCGUUGCACGGGUGGAGGUUGAGCUGGAUCAGGCGGUACCUUUAGAGGCGCCCACUCGCGUUGUGCUACGUGCGGGGGGGGAAUACAGUGGCCGCGGGUUUAUUGGAAUAAAGUUUCCAUGCAUGAAGCGCGCAAUUUUGCAUCAAAGACAGGGCGUCAAAACGUGUCGUUUUGUAGUUGGAUCACUGUUUAUACGUUCGAAAUCUAGCAUGCUCAACAUGAUGGAAAAGAGAAAGAGGCUAUGA